AACAGGAAAUCUGUCUGACCCCAGUGCAGUUGUAAGCAAGCGUAGGAUCGGAAUCUAUUCUGUCAAGUGUCAACCCUUCCUGUCCUCAUUUCUGACUAAAUACUCAGCUAGCUAGUCGGCUAGCUUGACUUCACGUCCAUCUGCGUUGGUUUCACACCCGAAGGUGUUUUAUCGUUGGGUUCGUUACUGAUCGGGCGCCGGGAUGGCGUUUUUGGAGAAGCAGUCCCCGGGAAGGGUGCUAUUGGAUGAUACGGUGGCCCUUACAGCUCUGAUCGAGGCCAGCCAAAAUCUACAAUCGCACACGGAAUACAUAAUCCGAGUACAGAGGGGUGUGUGUACAGAAAACAGUUGGCAGGUCAUAAAGCGAUACAGCGACUUUGAUAUGCUGAAUAGCAGUUUGUUGGUCUCUGGCGUCAGCCUGCCUCUACCACCUAAGAAGUUGCUAGGUAACAUGGACAGAGAGUUCAUAGCAGAGAGACAGAGAGGACUACAGGUCUACCUAGACUUUAUUACCCAGCAUCACAUCCUAGCCACCUGCCAACUGGUCAAGAAGUUCCUCGACACCAACAACUACUCUGCCAACUACACAGAAAUUGCCUUACAGCAGGUGUCCAUGUUCUUCAGGUCGGAUCCUAAGUGGGAGGUGGUGGAGCCUUUGAAAGACAUUGGGUGGAGGAUACGGAAGAAAUAUUUCUUAAUCAAAAACAAAGAACAACCCAAGGAACGUCAAGUGUUGAGUUGGGUUGACUUUGGUCCAGAUAAAUUCCUGUCAGACAAAGAUCUUCAGUCGACCAUGAAGCUCCUACCCAGCCUCACUAAUCCGUACAUCUACCCGGUGACGUUUGCCAACACCAGUGAGUUGUCUGCUCUGGUCAUCAGGAUGUUUAACGAAAAAGGAACUCUGCGGGAUCUCAUAUGUAAGGUGAAGCCUAAAGAGGCCUUCAUGAGGAAGCACUGCAACCCGAAGAAGAUCCAGGGACUGGAGCUGCAGCAGAUCAGGACGUACGGACGACAGAUUCUGGAGGUUCUGAAGUUCCUCCAUGACAAAGGCUUUCCGUACGGUCACCUCCAUGCCUCUAACAUAGUGAUAGAAGACAACACAUGUAAAGUACUGGACAUAGAGAACAGCCUGCUGGGCCUGCCCUCGUACUACCGGCCCUACAUCACACAGUUCAGGAAAAUCAACACGACAGAGAGUAUAGACGUAUACUCUUUUGGACACUUACUGUAUGAAAUGACGUACGGAAGACCUCCUGAUGCUGUGCCUGUCGACCAGUACCCUGCUGUGACUUACACCUCAGUGGUGUCUGUGCUGCAAUCCAUCCUGUCCACAGAUGCCUGUAAGACUGGGAUGCCCACUGUUGCACAACUGCUGCAGACACCGCUGUUCAGCGACGUGCUGCUGUUUCACUCAGAGAAACUCCAGUUCAAGAUCCCCAACAAAUUAAGAGACGCCUUGAAAACUGCCAAAGAGUGCAUGGAAAAGCGACUCCAAGAAGAGCAGAAAACGAACCAGCAGCACAGGAGGCUGACCAGAGCUCAGUCCCACCACGGCUCAGAGGAGGAGAAGAGGAGGAGGAAGAUACUGGCUAGAAAGAAGUCCAGACAGUCGGCCUAUGAGAACGAGGAGGAUCAUUCUGUGAAGUACAACAACAACUCUGGUUCAGGAGCCAGCUCCCCACCGACCUCUCCCUCCUCCCCCACCCCUCCUCACACUACAGGAGUUGCACCACCACCUCCUCCUCCUCCUCCUCUACCUCCUCCAAGUGAUAACCCUGGCCAGUCCCACCCCCCUCCGCAUCCUCCUCUCCCUGGGUCAGGUCCUCCUCCUGCCAACGGUGUGGGGCGUGGUGCCCUCCUCAGCUCCAUCACAUCAUUCAGUAUAGGCAAACUGAAGAAAGCAGGGACCAUCGACCGCAGCAUCCAACGCUCUGAAGAGGAUCGCUCUUCCUUCUCAUCCUGACCCUGUGGUCCCAGUCACCCCUAAAGGUUACCUCUCAUCCUGACCCUGUGGUCCCAGUCACCCCUAAAGGUGACCUGUCGUCCUGACCCUGUGGUCCCAUCCACCCCUAAAGGUGACCUGUCGUCCUGACCCUGUGGUCCCAGUCACCCCUGAAGGUUACCUCUCAUCCUGACCCUGUGGUCCCAGUCACCCCUAAAGGUUACCUGUCGUCCUGACCCUGUUGUUAGAACCACCUAUAAAGGUUACCUGUUGUCCUGCUCAAUCACUUUUUUGCUCCUUCAGUUUUUUUUCUUCUAAAUUUAGUUCCUGUCCGAUGAGUUGACCCCCGGCCCUUAAGGUUUAAGGUAGGGGAUGGGGCAUCAACUCCUUUCCAAUAUGGCCGCCUAGGUUGGUUCUCCCUUUAGCACAAAAAUGACUGGUCAGUGGACUGUACAGGUGGUUUAAAGAUGAGGUGGCAUCAGACAAGUCUGGUGUCUAUCUGGAAGACUGCAGUGAAUGACUUAUGAUUUCAGUGGAGCGUGUUUCUUCUUAUUUACAGCGAAGUGACUUGACUGGAACGUACAAGCAACUGUGAGGGAAGUGAUGCAGAAAGCAAGCAUAUGAACCGCAGGUGUUUUAGAGGGACUCUGACCUGACAUCCACCAACCAACAGCAUGUCAUCACAGUGAGACGACUAUGAAAGAACUGUCAGGGACUCUGACCUGACAUCCACCAACCAACAGCAUGUCAUCACAGUGAGACGACUAUGAAAGAACUGUCAGGGACUCUGACCUGACAUCCACCAACCAACAGCAUGUCAUCACAGUGAGACGACUAUGAAAGAACUGUCAGGGACUCUGACCUGACAUCCACCAACCAACAGCAUGUCAUCACAGUGAGACGACUAUGAAAGAACUGUCUGUGUCAUCACAGUGAGAUGACUAUGAAAGAACAGCGUGUCAUCACAGUGAGACGACUAUGAAAGAACAGCGUGUCAUCACAGUGAGACGACUAUGAAAGAACAGCAUGUCAUCACAGUGAGACGACUAUGAAAGAACAGCGUGUCAUCACAGUGAGACGACUAUGAAAGAACUGUCGGUCUGUAUUAUUGUUUAUUGACGUUGGACAGUUGUACGUCAAUGUUUAUUGUAUCUGUAUUCUUUAUCUUUUUGUUUUCUUGGAAUGAAUGGAAGGAGAUGUGAUGCUGUUGGACUGUCUGUGUUGCUUAUGUCUAUGUGCCACAUUCAUCUCUGUGGCUGCGUCCCAAAUGGCCUCCCAUUUCCUAUAUAGUGCACUACUUAGUAGUAGUCUGCUAUAUAGGGAAAUGGGUGCCAUUUUCAAAUGCACACAUAGAUUAAAAAAAAUCAACGUACGCUGCAAGGAUUAAAACCUUUAGAUUUACCCAUGGCCGCUUGUUUAGUAAAUGAGGACCACCAGAAAUCUGUCAUCAUUCAGUAUGCAAAAUAAUUAACCCAAAUGAUGACAUGCUGUACUUACUGGUAUUAAUCAGUAACAGUGUACAAGUUAAGAUUCAAAUACCUUUUUAAAAUAUUGUUUUGCUUUUUCCUCUCAAAUAGCAGUGUAAAGAUGUUGAAGGAUCGACUAUUUCUCUGCUGCACUUUACCGAUGGGGAGGGGUUUUCUCUAUGAUCCAGGAUUGACACACAACUGGGAGCAGUUUACUGGGAGAAUGUAUCUAAAAAUGGAUUCUGGUGUUUACAAGAAAUAAUCGUAAUCCUGAAAUUAGUUAACUAGCUAAUCUGUUAUUGAUCAUCAUGAUCUGUACCUCUGCUACAUCCAACCACUGUCAGAGGAACUGAAGGGACAGUACACCCUCAAUCUGUCUGAAAAGCAAAGUUACAAUCUGCAGAACUGUCUGAAAUGCUUUGUCUUGUCAACAUUACAAGAUUAACCUGUUUUCAAGAUUGAUACAUUGGCACAUUCAGGACAAUUACUAAUUGGCUGCAUUUGCACAGGCAGCACAAUUCUUAUCUUUUGCCAAUAAUUGGUCUUUUGGCCAAUCAGAUCAUAUCCUUUGCCAAUAAUUGGGCAAAAGAUAAGAACUGGGUUGCUUGUGUAAACGCAGCCAUCGAGUUUCAUAUCUCUGCUUAUUGUUACCAGCUCUUUACAUCACUAACAGAGUGGUGUGCACUUGUAUGUAACAAUACCCAGAAUACAUUUCCCCUCAUUAUGUAAUUUUAUCCAAUUUCGCCUGUUUUUUCCAGUUCAGGGGUCGUCUAAGUGAGGCUUCAGUAUGACAUUGUGUUUAUUUGGCAGCCGUUUCUCCAAUAAGAAUGCUCCAUAGUUUAUGUAAUUAAUAAUGCUGUUAGUUUUUAUAAUUAAGUCUUUCUAUCAUCGCUGCCUGCCAACCUUUCUGAUUUGCACUGCUGAGUAUGGCGUUUUGACAGUAUGGAUUAACAACUAGGUGACAGGAAAACAAAAAUAUUUUAUGAUUGAAGAUGACUGCACUUUAAGAUGAAGUUACUAAUAUUUUCCAAACCCUUUUUUUGGGUUUGGGGUGGUGGGGGUUGUAUGAAACCAUCUAUUGUCCGUCUGCUGCAUUAAAACAUUAAAAAUUUGAAACUGUUUGGGGUUUGUAUGUUUGACUCUGCACAGCUGUGUCGGGAAAAAAAUACAAUGUUAUCUACAUUGCCGUAUUAUACUUAUUUUAUUAAAAUCAUGGACUGAAAUGUGUGGUUUUGAA